AUGAAAUGGAGAGAAGCCCGCGCUGUGCUAAGACUUCAUCACGAUGUCGUUACAGGUGCUAGUCCAUCGUUUCGAAUUCGAAUGAAGUUCAAUACCUUGCCACCAGAAUUCUUCGAAGAUGACCUGACCCAACCUUGCAUACUCAGCAGCGUGAAAUGUGUGAAAUUUCUUGCCAACCUUCAUGACCUUUUUGGUGCAGGAAUUGCUCGUUGA